AUGCGUUUCUACUCUGUCGCCCUGUUGACUGGCGCUACCGCUGCCGCUGCCAGCAACACUGCAACCCUUCUGCUGCCCGGAUUUGAGGGUCAGGAACUCCAGGCUAGCAUUCUCGAAUCUAACGGAGAUGUGACGACCUACAAGAUCACUUGCCCUAAGACCGUGGCCGCCGAUGAUUGUGGUAUCGCCGGCGAGGGUAUGAUUGCAAUUGCCGCCCCAACCUCCAUGCAGUUGCAGAACAUCAAUCUCCAGGGAACUACUGGAACCGUGUCCUGCAACGUCGCCGGGACCACCUACGCCUCCUGCCAGGCCUCUGCCGGCACUGUUACCCCUUCGGGCACCCUGGGCCCCGAUGACUUGAAUUGGAUGCCCGUGACCAUCAGCACUACCCCGACGUCGACUCCUACCCCAACCCCAACCCCCACUAGCACUAGCACUAGCACCAGCACCAGUACCAGCACCAGCACUAGCACCAGCACCAGCACCAGCGCCAGCGCCAGCACAGUUGAGGAGACCUCCACCCCUACCCCCACCCCGACCUCCACUUUCACUUCUACCUCUUCGUCGACCAUCGUGACCUCGACUCCCAAGAAGUCCUCCCCGGUUCUGGGUUCGUCUACUCCUCUCGCCACUUCCACCCCACUGGUCUCCGAUCCUACCGGCGCGGCUGGAAGCGGUGCCCCUGUGGCUUCCCCCACUGCCUUUAAUGCCGCCGGUCAGCUGGCAGGCAGUAUCUGGGCCGUUGGAGGCGUGUUCAUGGCUCUAGCCGGCGCUUUCGCCUAA